CCUCAUCGCUCACCAGACGGACGCAUCCAUGGAGGGCUCAUGCAGCAGUCCUCUGCCUUACUACUUCCAAAACCACUUUUCAACAUGACAUAAGAAGCAAAAUCCGGCUCUUCCAGCCAGACGCUCGCCGUUUCUGCCAAACAGCCCUCGCAGCAUCCCGUCGGUACCAAUUUCCAACUUCUUCUUCUUCUUCUUCUUUUUUAAUUAACAUUCCCCCUGCUUCCCUGAAACCCCUCCCCUGUACUUUUUCAUCCAUUCCCGGGAGAUAAUUCAGUUCCCUGGGAAUUAAAGGAGGUUACUCGUGUUUUCUUUCCACUUCGGCCAUCCGCAUGGAUGUGAUGUCUGUAGAGGGGAUGUCUGUGCCGGCUGUCCGACUGCGGAAUCGGCUGGCGCAAGUGAUGCCGAACCUGAAGAAGGUCAAAGCGAGACGGAAAAGACGAAAGGAGUUGGUUUUAAUCCAGAUAUGCUUGUUCGGCGGCUUGCUGGUGGUCGUGAAGGGGUUUUCCUGCUUAGCGGAAAAUUCAGGUUUCUCCAGCCACAGCGGUGAGGACCAGGAGAGGUGGGGAGGGAGGAGGCUCCUGCAGGAAAUGGACAACAGCAGCCUAGAGGAAAUGGAGAGUGAGGGAUCUAAGAACUGCACUGCUCCAGCUCUGCACGAGUUUCCUACAGACCUGUUCACAAACAAAGAGAGAACAGAAGGAGCUGUGGCGCUACAUGUCCUGUGUGCCAUUUACAUGUUCUGUGCCCUGGCCCUCGUCUGUGAUGACUACUUCGUCCCCUCCCUGGAGAAGCUGUGCGAGCGUCUCCACCUCAGUGAGGAUGUAGCAGGUGCCACCUUCAUGGCUGCCGGCAGCUCGGCCCCUGAGCUCUUCACGUCCGUUAUAGGGGUGUUCAUUACUAAAGGUGACGUGGGUGUGGGAACCAUCGUGGGUUCAGCUGUCUUCAACAUCCUCUGCAUCAUCGGUGUGUGCGGCUUCUUCGCCGGCCAGGCGGUGAAGCUUUCCCAUUGGGCUCUACUCCGAGAUUCAAUUUAUUACAUAUUUUCCAUCACAGCCCUCAUUGCGUUCAUCUAUGAUGAGAAGGUGUGUUGGUGGGAGUCUCUUGUCCUGAUCCUCAUGUAUGCAGUCUACAUCCUCAUCAUGAAGUUUAAUAGCCGGGCACAUCGCUACUUUGACCGUCGAAAGAAGAGCUCUAUGAAUCUGGCUAAUGGGCUGACAGGAAGUACUGAUCUGGAGGAUAAUGUCACAUGUGAUGCUACAGCUGUUCUGCUCAAAAAAGCUAACUUCCACUGUAAGCCUUCAGUGCUGAUGGUGGACGAGCUGCUGUCUGCGUACCCCCACCAGCUGUCUUUCUCAGAGGCCGGCAUGAGGAUCAUGAUCACCAGUCAUUUCUCCCCCAGGACACGCCUCACCAUGGCUUCGCGCAUGCUUAUCAAUGAGAGACAAAGACUCAUCAACACCACUGAGACUCGAGUCAACCGCAUCACUAACGGCGACUCUGACUCAGCUGCCAGGGCUCAGGGGAGGCGGGGCUUAGAGAAUGGGAUGGCCGGUGCUGAGGGUCUGAACGGGAGGUGCAGACUACAGCGGCUGGAGUCUGGAAACGAGACAGAGAAUGAAAAUGAGGAUAAUGAGAACAAUGAAAACGAUGAGGGAGGAGAGGGAGAAGAUGACAGUAAUGGCCCAUUGGUGCCUUUCAAAGUUCCAGCUGGGGUGUGUAACAAGCUGAAGUGGCUGGCCAUGUGGCCGUUGUCCCUGCUUCUGUUCUUCACUGUGCCCAACUGUGCCAAGCGCCGCUGGGAGCGAUGGUUCUUGGUCUCCUUCUUCACUGCCACCAUCUGGAUCGCUGGCCUCUCCUACAUCAUGGUCUGGAUGGUGACUGUGAUCGGCUUCACCCUGGGAAUUCCUGAUGUUAUCAUGGGCAUCACCUUCCUAGCAGCAGGCACCAGUGUCCCAGACUGCAUGGCUAGUGUUAUAGUUGCACGACAAGGUCUGGGAGACAUGGCCAUCUCCAACUCCAUAGGCAGUAAUGUGUUUGACAUCCUGGUGGGUCUGGGCCUGCCCUGGGCGCUGCAAACACUCUGCAUCGACUACGGCUCCAAUAUUCAUCUUAACAGCAGAGGACUCAUAUUCUCUGUUGGACUCUUACUAGCCUCUGUGUUCGUCACGGUUCUCGGUGUCCAUUUGAACAAAUGGACUCUGGACUGGCGACUGGGCUUGGCCUGCCUCAUCUUGUACGCCAUCUUUCUAUGCUUCUCCGUCCUCAUUGAGUUUAAUGUCUUCAUCUUCGUCAACCUUCCUAUGUGCCGAGACAUCCACUGACCUUCCCUCUUCUGCUUCUUCUUCCUCCUCCUCAUCUUCUUCCUCCGGUUAGUGGAGGACACCUCACCUGGCUUCCGGUUUGUCAGCACAUUGGAACCAAGUUCAACCUUAGAAUAAAAAAUAGAGCCCUUUAUGAUUUAUCUGUGGUGCAAUACACACAUGAGAGAAGACACCGGAAGUUUUGAUUUAUUUUUCUCGGACCGGACAGGAGGAGUGCAAAGAAAUUCCCCACAGGAGAGAUUGCUGCCAGUGGUCUAAUGAACUGGAAGGGUUGGAUGGAGUGAACAUAACUGUAUUAACACCAACAAUUAGACUGUUGGUGUAGAAGCUGCUACUAUAACUGACUGACAGACUGGUGGAAAGAGAGAAAUCCGGCGCUCACAGCGAUUUUUAGCUGGAAAUGUUUGUUACUCUUUGUACAAGUUUGGAUAUAAGCACACGAUUAAGGUAUUUUUAAGUACAAACUGGCUAUUUCUGUAUAUAUUUGAUGAUUAUAUAAGUGCUAAUAUUAGCUGGUAUGUGGGAUUCUCUUAUGCACAAUUAGGAUCAGUCUUGCAAAACAGAAUGAUCCAAUGACAGUAACAAUAUUUUAUGUUUUACCUUAGUGAUUCGGUCUGCCAGUAAUACACUCAAAUUGCUUCAACAUGUGUCCCGUGCUCAGUAGCAGCCAGCAUAGCAUGCUGUACUAGCCACAAGUCAACUCUAGCUUAACACUGUCUAGAUAUUUAACACUAAUCACACAGAGUCCGCUCUUGUUUCUCUCUCUCUCUUUCUCUACGGGCAUAUCCAAGUAGAUGUGGGCUUUGUUUUUCUUUAAAGUGACCCACAUAGGAAAGGUAGCUCCCUGGAACUGACAUCCAGCACCGUCACUUUAUUAAUUAGAGAUAUUAUUUUAUCAUUGCAAAAUCUCUCCAGGUACUUUAAAGAUGUAACUACUGAAUUUAAAGUUCCCUCUAUGCUUAGACCACUUGUACAAUAUUAAAGAAUUACUUUUUAGUCUCUGAGUUGAGUAUAAUAACCUUGUUACUUCUUAAAGCCAAAAGUAUUUUUUAGAGUAGAAGUAUUAGUCGUAGGUUUGGACUUAAGAGUCAGCUCGAGUGCAAAUGUGUGCGUGUGUGUUACAGUCUCGAGGGGAACCAAGGCCACCACUGUUACUGGGAAGACAUAAUCAUGAUUUAUUUAUGAAUUAAUUUAUUCAAAGAUCAUGUCUAACCACCAGUUUCAGCCCUUUGGAUCAUGUACAGUGUACUAAGUGGAACGUUCUCCGCUCUCUGACGACGGAGCUGUACAAUGUACUGUACCUAAUAUAUAAUCUAAGUACUGGAAAUUGACUUGAUGUUGUUUAUAUUUAAGAAUAGAACUUUAUAAUUUAUAAGUUUUGUAUUGUUUGGAAAUAUAUCGCAACAUUUGUAUAUUGGUACAAACACCGUGGUUUCCGACGAUGAUGGAUACGUUACCAUGGAGACGUUGUAAUUUGGUGAGAUGGACUGAAAAUGCAAUCUUUAUCACUGGUCCUAACAUGGGCGGAAGCUCUUGCUAAUCUCCUCACAUGUUGAAUUGGUGAUGAAUCAGAAAAGAUUCACUUUCAGAUCAAAGAAGAAGUGUGUACUGAUGGCACACCACCCUUUGAACUUUCACAACACGUUGUUUCUUGAACACAGUGCUUGAACUCCUGUGCCAUCCCUUGUAUUUGAGGCUUCAAAACCAACGCUUGUGGCCGUUCUCCUGCUUGUAUUUGAGCCAGAAAAAAAAAACACCUUUAUCAACAGUAUUGCCACUCUGUUUCAGCAUGUGUUCAAAUGAAAGAUAUGUAUUUUUAUGUGAUUUUAUUUUUACCUUCAAGGAAAAUUCUCUUGUUGGACUUGCUCCUGUGUAUGUGUUGAUGCGUCUCCUGCUGCCACAGGAAGGCGCUGCAGAGCUGUGUUCAGUCAGCAUAGGUGGAUCUUAUUUUACACACUCAGUAGAAAGUGACUUGGGUAUAUUUUAAGGUAGACUACAUAGAGACAAAUACAGGUUGCUUUGCAUGCCUCUUCCAUAAUUCAGAUUGUUUUGUGUGUAAUUUAACUGCAUUACCUGGAUCAAAAAGGCGCUGUCUCGAUUCGGCUGUACAUAUCAGAGGGGUAUGCUAUUGUAAACACAGAUGUUGGAAUAAUUUCUGAUGGGCAGUUAUAUUUGAGAUAUAUACAGUAUUUAGAAUGUAGGCCUACAGCAAUUCGUUUUCAGCUACUUAAUGUCGUUUUUUGCUCAUGUCUUUUGAAUUGUUUGUAAAUCCUUAUUUUUGUUGAUGAGGACUUCUGGGCAGAGCUCAGAGGGAGAGAGAUGUCGGCCUUGUUCCCAGUGGUCUUCUUGCAAUAAACUGAUUUACAUACGCGGACCAUUUUCCCACGUCUUUAUGGGCUCUUCACUGAACCGAUGACGUCAUCAUUCAUCGACUUACUGUUUAUUUUGACAGCAAGUUGUAACAAUAACACACGCAGAUAAUAUA